AUGUCGUGCUUCAGCGCGCGCCUCGACAGCGCGGCGCUCGUGACGUCGCUCAUCGAGUGCCUCAUCGAAGAGAAGCGGAGCGAGGUCGUGGCGCACAUCGCCAUCGACGCCGCGGGCCUCGAGCUUCACGUCGUUGGUCGUUCAAAGUCCACGCACGCGACGCUGACGCUGCCCGUGUCGUGCUUCGCGGCCUUCGACUGCGUCGACGAGACCGGCGCGCCGUUCGUGCGCGGCGGCGACCAGGAGCCGAUUGCGUUCUCCGUCGACGUGCGCGCGCUCGUCGAGUGCCUCAAGCUCUUCGGCGCGGCCGGCGCGGACCUCGAGGUGAGCCUGAGCUACGCGCCGGCGACGGAGGUCUUCAAGCUGACGCUCGAGGAGCCCGGCGCGUUCACGUCCUGCGACGUGCACGUGCUCGAGGACUCGAACGACCUCGAGGGCGCGACGGACAUGGCGGGCGCGUUCCGCGACGCGCCGACGGCGGCCAAGACGCUCGCGACGUCGGCGACGCUCCGCGACGUCGUCGCCGACUUCGACGAGUCCGCCGUGGGCUCGUCGACGAUCAAGGUCUCCGUGCACUUCCGCCUCGCCGCGUCCGGCUCCGUGGGCUGCGUCCAGAUCGACGUGCCCCGCGACGCCUUCGUCGUCUUCGAGGCGCCGGAGGAGACGCGCAGCUGGACCUACCAGACCCAGGCCUUCCUCCACGGCAUGAAGGCGCUCCCGCACUCGCACGAGACCUACGUCCGCGUCAACGACCACGGCAUGCUGCUCGUGCAGCACAUGGUCGCCAACGACCGCGGCGCGGGCGACAACAUGUACCUCGAGUACCUCUGCUGCUCCGACACGGACGACCACCUCCCCGACGCGCCGCCGCCGGGCGAGCGGCCCGCGGACGCGUCCCAGGCCGCCGCGACCUUCGCCACGAUGGCCCCAUCCCCAAAUAUCCUCGCGCCGCCGCCCGCUUCCGCGCCGCCCGCCGCUUCCGCGCCGCCGGCCGCGCCCACGCCCACGUCCCCGCCCGCGUCGCCGGCCGCGCCGAAGAGCGCGUCGAGCGACGGGGAGACCUGGUUCUUCAACUGCCGCUGCGGCGAGAAGGGCUGGGGCCUCGACGACGGGACCGCGCAGUGGCAGUGCGAGAAGUGCCACUCGUGGCAGCACGAGCGGUGCGUGUCCAUCGGCGGCGGCGGCGUGCCGUCGCCCUACCUCUGCCACGAGUGCGCGCCCGUCGCGGCGCCCAAGUGCGUCCUCGCGCGGGCGGCCGCGCGGCCGCUCGAGCCCGAGAAGUCGCAGUACGAGAUCGAGCGCGACGAGCGCAUCAAGCGGAACGCGGACUUCCUCGCGAGCCUGGGCCUCGGCGGCGGCCUCGCGCCCACGGAGGAGAAGAAGAAGGUCAAGAAGCCCGCGGUGAAGAAGCGCAAGGCCGAGCCGCGCGAGCCCGCGCGGAAGAGCUCGCGCGUCCGCGGCGAGGCGGCCAAGGACUACGUCGCCGAGGACGGCGGCGGCGACGACGGCGGCGAGGCGGCGGCCUGGACGCCCCGCGCGGCGCGCGCGCCCCGGGGCAAGCGCCUGCCCGCCGCGGCCGUCGCGGAGCUCGAGCGCCAGUGCGGCGAGGUCCGGUCGCUGACCGCGGCGGAGCGCGCGGCGGCCGGCGUCGCGCGCGCGGGCCUGGCGGAGUACGGCAACGCCGCGGGCCGCGCGCGCGCGUACCUCGCCACCGUCGAGGGCCUGCGGCGGCCCCGGUGGCUCGAGACGCUCGAGGCGUCGUCGAUCCUCGCGGGCAAGUCGCAGUCGAACCGCGACAAGGUCAUGGUCGUGCUCGAGAAGUGCGCCGCGGGCCUCGGCGUCGGCGCCGUCGCCUGGCCCCAGCCCUUCCUCUGCGACGCGGAGCUGCCGAUGACGCUCGGCGCCGACGUCGAGAUGCUCAAGUACUGCGGCAAGCGAUUGGAGUGCGCGCACGGCGCGGACAUCUCCAACGGCUGGGCCUACAGCCACGCCUUCGGCAAGCUCAAGGCCUACCAGACGGCGCUCCUCGGCGAGGCGGCCUUCGACGCGCCGCCGCUGUCGGAGCUCGACGACGACGCCGUCGAGGCGCUCGUGCCGGACCACAUCAAGACCGUCUGCGCCGCGCGGCCCGUGACGCCCGAGCCCGCGCCGGCGCCGGAGGGCAGCGGCGCCGCGGCGCCCGCGGCGCCCGAGGCCGAGGCCGCGCCCGCGGCGCCCGAGCCGGAGCCCGCGGCCGCGCCCGAGUCCGAGCGCGCCGCGACGCCCGAGUCCGAGCGCGCCGCGACGCCGCCGCCGGAGCCCAUGGACCUCGACGGCGGGACGCCCGUCGACCGGCUCAAAGCCAUGGAGGAGCGCAUCCUCGAGGAGCGCCGCGCCCGCGAGGCGCCCGCGGACGCGCCGCUCCCGGAGCCGGAGGCGCCGCCCGCGGAGGCGCCGCCCGCGGCGCCCGCCGCGGCGGAGGCGCCCGUCGUCGCCGAGGCGCCCGUCGUCGCCGAGGCGCCCGCGCCGGCCGAGGCCGCCGCGCCGGCCGCCGAGAAAAAGCAGACGGACCUCCGCUCCUUCUUCGCGCCCAAGCCCAAGAAGCAGCCGGAGCCGAAGAAGCAGCAGACCCUCGACUCAGCUCGUUCGAGCAUGAAGCUCUUGCAAGCUUGUCUGCUCCUGGCAGCGCCAACAACGCCGCUGCUCAUGCUCUCGCAGGCGCCCACGCCUCUGCUCUUGGUGGACCUCGAUGCUCUGCUCGCCGUGGACCUCGAAAGCAUCGGAGCCAUGAGUUGUGCGGAGCGCGCGGACGUCCUGAGCGACGCGCUGUUCGUCCACGCGCGGGUGACGUCGACGCGCGACGCGACGACGAGCUUCCACAAGAGCACGGCCGCGGCGCUCGCGACGCUCGACUGCCCGCUGCCGCGCGGCGGCGCCUACCUCUGCAUGGGCCUGCAGACGCAGCCCGACGCCGACUACUUCUGGGCCCGCGCCACGGGCCCCGGCGCGCGGCGCGCGGCGCCGGGCAUCGGCCUCGCGGCCGGCGACGGCUCCGUCGAUCUGCGCUGGCUCUCGGACGCCGAGGCCGCGGCGCGCGGCGACCAGCCCCAGACGGGCGACGGCAAGUGGUCCGAGUGGGUCGAGUACCUCGCCGUCGGCGACGAGGUCGACCUCGUGCCCCGCGACGUCGCCGGCGCUCUCGAGGCCUUCGGCGGCGCGGUGCGCGGCGUCACGCGGCGCGAGCGGCCGCCGGGCGCGCAGCCGCUGCUCAAGGGCGCGUGGACGUGGACCUAG